GCUCCGUCGCACACUGUCCGUGCCGCUUACAGUUUAGUGGUCGUUUAUGCUGCCUAAAGCGUAAUUAUCAUUGCUUAGGGCAGUAUUAUUGUGGUUCGGUUCUCGUGCGCUGAGAAUUUAGACGAAAUUGUCCAGGGCGAAACCUGCCGGCGGUGCGCCGCUGCCGACAUAGUGCUGAAUUGUUUCAAGCUUCGCAUUCUGUGCUAACUAAGCAGUGUAGAGGACCUGGGGCUCAAGAGGCGCUCUCAGACGCCGCGGUUGUGGCUGUGGUCACCAGUGGUUGGACUGCGAGCCCUCCCGCGCUACGCCAGUGGCCUCCGGCAGCAACACGGACGCUGGCCAAAACGGGCACCUCAGUGUCCCUCCACCAGCACUAUCAGCUCGCACAAUACAGAUGUUGAGCGGCCGAGCGCAUACCUAGCCGGGGGCGCUUGCGUUUGGCGGAUGCGGACAGCUGGGCCGGACCGGGCGGUGGUUGGGCCCCGGGCCUUGCCCUGCUACACGGCGCGGACCAGAGCCUUUAGCUACCGAGCCAGCUCAUCAGCGGCCUCGCCGUCUUCUCCUGAUGCCCCCAGCAGCGUCACGGCCGGUGGCGUACAUGGCGCCGCCUCCCUUACUGCAGGCCGGCUAGCCAGUGGACCUCUGUCGCGAGGUACCGGCGGCGGCUUGGCGCCAGCCGCCGCUACGGCUGCUGCUGCUGCUGCCCCGGCAACGGCCACGCCGUCGCACGGGCACAGAGGAUCCAAUGCACCGAAUGGGGCCCGUAUCAAUGGUCUGAGCGGCGUCAACGGUGUCGGCGGCGGCGGCGGUAGCCACCCGGCCGACACGUCGCCGGAGUUGGACGCAGCCACACGCGAGCGCCUGCUCAGCCACGGCCUCGCAAGCACCAGCAAUAGCGGCGGGAGGCCGCCGCGGCAGCGCGACCGGCGUGGGCCGCCGGGUGGUCAGCUAGACAGGGAGCGGUCCACGCAGCGGCUGCCACAGCAGUCGCUGCAGCAGCAGCUCUUACAAGAGUUGGUGGUGGGUGAUGGCUUCGAGUCCGGGAGUGGGCAGGCGGCGGCAGCAGAGCGCCAGGGUCAGGAGGAUUUGGGCAGCGCGGCACGUGCCUACGGCGGUUCUGGGCAGGGUGGGCGGUCGCAGGCGCGGCAGACGGGGCCGGCCAGAGGCGGGUGGCAAGGGACACAGCCGCCACCCUCAUCGGGGGUUGCCGCCGGGGGCAGCGGCGUCCCGGAGCCGAUGGUGCUGGUGCGUGCGGGCGAGGUGACAAUGGAGCAGCUGCUGCAGCAGUCGCUGGAGCAGCGCGAGCCGCCGCCGGAGCAGCAGCAGGGCGCCCAGCGGCGUAUGGUGGAGGGCAUUGCUGCAGCCUGGGGCGCGGCACACGGCGAAGACUUGGGGUUUGAGGCCAGGUCCUCGCGGCCGCAGCCGCGGCGGCAGCAGCGACGGCAAGGGGCCAGGCAGCAGCUGCCGCAGGCGCAGCGGCAGCGCCACAGCACACGGCAGGGCGCGGAAAGCUCGGGCUUGGACGCGGGGGGCGCGCGGAAGCGGCCAGGUGAAACUGGCACAGCAGGCCACGCACGGCCGGGGCCGGUCCUGCCCAUGGGCCAAGGCACGCCGGGUCCGGCGGUGGUCAGCCCGGGCCGCCGCGGCAUGCCGCGCCAGGCGCACCUGCGGCAGGUCCACGACCAGAAGCACGGGGCCGGGCCACAGGGCGUCACCGAGGCUCGCAGCAUCGAGCUGACUGAGAACAUCCGCACAGCCGCCAACCUGCAGCAGCUGGCGGCGCAGCUGGAGGCACACGCCGACGUCUACAACGCAAUCAACAUCACCGCAUUCGCGGCGCGGCUCGCGCAGCUGGCAGCGCCGCGGAGCGGCGGCGGCGGAAGCGAUGCGGGCGGCUUGGCGGAGGCGGAAGUGGGAGAGGAGGCGGAGGACGCGGCUGUGCCGCUGCGGUGGCAGGACCGGCGGCAGGCGGCGCAGCUGGCGGCAAGGCUGGGCGAAGUGGCGCAGAGGCGGCUGUUGGAUCUGGAUCCGGAGGGUGUGGUGACGCUGCUGCACGCCUUUGCGCGCCUCAGCAGCGCCGGUGUCAUGCCAGCCGCAGCUGCCGCUGCGGCUUCGGCAUCGACGUCGCCUGUUGCGACGGCGGCGCCUUCUGGUCAUGCGGCAGGAAGUGGGAGGACGGCGGCAGCUUCCGCCGCAGCCGCGGCGGCGGCAGCGGCGGCAGCGUCAGCGGCGGCGGCUGCAGCUGUGCAGGAGGAGCUGCUGGCUGACCUGGUGUUUGUGGCGGGUCAGAACAUGGACAUUUACCACUCGCAGGCCGUGUCCAACCUGGUGUGGGCGCUGGGCACUCUGGCGCCGCGCUCUGCGGCCUGGGCGGGCCGUGGCUGGUGGGAGGGCUUGUUCCUGUGCACCCAGGACCGAGUGCAGGGCUACCCCACACAGGCCCUGGCAAACAUCAUGUGGGCGCUGGGCCGGCUGCGGCAGCGCCCGCCCGCCACCUGGCAGCGCGCCUUCUUCUCCGCCACCGCCGCCCGCCUGCACCUGUUCACCACACAGGGCGUGGCCAACUACGUGCAGGGCGCCGCCAAGCUGCAGCUCAAGGUGCCCACCUACCUCAUGGAGGAACUCAUGCGGUACGGCGCCUCCAACCUGCGUGACUUCACCGGCCAGGGGCUGGUGCUGUACCUGUGGGGCAUGGCCAAACUCAUCGCCGCAGCCCGCACCUCGCCUGAGGCUGUCACGGCCUGGCUGGAGGAGGCCAUGCUGCCCGAGCUCAAGCGCCGCAUGCAGCUGGCGAGACCGCCCCGAAAGCGGCGCGCCGGCGCAAAGUCCGCUACUGCCGCCACCGCCACCGCCGCCACCACCGCCAGUGCCACCACCGCCACCGCCGCUAGGAGUUCCAGCGCUGCUGAGACUGCCAGUGCCGGCAGCAGCAGCGGCAGUGAGGACGACGAGGACGGCGGCGGGGCCGCCGCCAGCGGCGGCGGCGGCACCUCGUCGCUCACUAUACGGCAGCUGGCGACGGUGCUGUACGCGCUGGCAGAGCUGGGGUACGCCCCCGCGGGCAAGUCCGGCGGCGGCUGGCUGCGGAGCUACUGGGGCGCGGUGGCGGCGGCGCUGGAGCAGCAGCAGCAGCAGCAGCAGCAGCAGCGCCAGGGGGCGGUGGCGUACGCGGCGGGCGCGUGGCGUGGCGGCGGCGAGGAGGUGCAGGCGCUGGCCAAUCUGCUGCAUUCGGCGGCGGAGCUGCGGCUGGCGCCGCCGCCGGCGCUGAUGGAGGCGCUGAUGGGCCGCUGCCGCGGUCUGCUGGCGGCGUUUCCACCGCAGGCGCUCAGCAGCACGGCCUGGUCGCUGCACCGGCUGCGGGUGCAGCCGCCGGCGGAGUGGCUGGGAGCCUUCAUGCAGGCGUGCUGGCUGGCCAUGCCGCGCAUGAGCUGUACGGAGCUGGCCACUCUGCUGUACGGCCUCAGCCGGGGGCUGGAGGGGGCGGGCAUGGCGCCGGGCCGGGAGUGGCUGCGGCGCGCGGAGGGCGAGUGGCUGCAGGCUAUGGACCGAUCGGGGCCCGUGGAGCUGUACCGCGGCCUGGCUGCGCUGGCGGCGUGGCGCCACUGCCCCGGACCCGAGUGGCAGGCGGCCAUGCUGCGGCAGCUGGCAGCCAAGCUGGCAGACAUGCCCACGUGGCAGCUGCCCCAGGUGGUCCGGCACCUGGCCGACGUGGGCGCCUCGCCGCCGCUGCCGCUGCUCAACGCCCUGGUGGCGGGCGCCGUGGCCGGCCGCGUCGCCGGCGCCGCCGACCUGGCCCUGCUGGUCACGGGGCUGGCGCGUCUGGGCCGCCAGGUCAGCCCGCGGCUGCUGGCGUCGCUUCUGGCGGAGCUGAAUGCGCUGUCGCUGGCGCCGGAGGUGGUGGGGCAGCAGCAGCAGGAGGCGGGAGGGGGGCAGCGGGGACGCGGCCGGGUAAGGAGCGGAGGAGGCGGAGGCCGUACUCCCACGGACAGUGUGGAGGAUGAGGAGGCGGUCACUGGUGGUGGGGCCGGAGGCGCAGCCCAGCAGGCGCAGCAGGCGCAGCAGGGUCUGGCUAGGGGCCGCGCGGCUGGCGGCAGUGGCAGUGCGGUGGAUGUGUUGGGUCUGCAGCUGCUGCUGGACACGGCGUGGGCGCUGGCAGCGCUGCGCUACACGCCCGCGGCGCUGUGGGUGGCGGGCUGCCUGGCGGCGGUGGAGCCGCGCCUGCCGGCCCUGACGCCGCAGCAGCUGGAGGCGGCGCUGGCGGCGGCGGCGCACCUGCGGUACAUGACGGGGGGGUCGACCGCGGCGGCGGCGGCGGCGGCUGGUACUGCUGCCGGUGCUACUGGUGGCACUGCUGCUGUUGCGGCGGGUGGGAAGGAUGGUGCCAAAGCGGUGCUGGCGGCGGCGCCUGCGCUGGUCAGGCCGGGGCCGGGCCGGGCCUGGCUGGCGGCGGCGGAGGCACGGCUGCGUGUGCUGCAGUCGGAGGCAGACGUCGAGGCGCGGGCGGGGCACGGCCCCGGCGGGCCCGGGCCAGGACCAGGUCCCGAGGCUGCCAUUGCGGCAUCGCUACAAGACGUCGACCUGGAGGCGGCGGUGGCUGGCGUUGCCGGGGCCAGCCAGGCUGCGGCCGUCCCGGUUGCCGGGGGCGACACGGGCAGUGGCGCGCUGUUGUUUGUCGCGACACCGGCGGUGCAGGCGGGUGCCGCGCAGGAGGUUGGGAGCAGCAGGCGCGGCGGCAGCAGAGGCGGCCGGUGGGGCUGCUUGCCAGGGGCUUGGCGGGCGCUCCGGGACGCCCAGGGCGGGCAGCAGUAGGCGUCAGCGUUGAGGCCGGGCGGCGGGGUCAGGUUUGGGGAGGUGCCAGUAGGGGGGUGCCCGGCAGUACCGUGGAUAAGCAGCGGGGACAGAACUCGUUAGUCUGGCCCGUAGGCAGCGCGCUGUGGUGCAAGGUGUGAUUAAAAUGUGCUAGUCCUUGCCACGUUGUCAGAACAGUCGGGCAUCAUCAUCAUGGGGCCUGUUGAGUAGCGUCCAUUAUAUCAUGUGGACGGAACGACGGAGCGUGUAACGUUCUCAAGACGUGGCUGGAACGUCCAUGCAGGGUGGGGGGGCGGGGGGGGUGCGUCCAUGGAGUUGAAGUUGGGGGUGUGGGGGUGGCGAAUAGACAGAGCGCCGGCUAUGCGGAGACGGAUGCAUACUGCAUGCGACUCAGGUGACUCCCCUGUGCGCCAUCCCCUCGAUCGCCCCUGCGCACACCCAGGACCCAGCACCCAUGCAGUCAUGUGUGAAGCCAAAGCCAUCGUUAUGGGUUGUCCCUGCCCCUGCUACGUGCGUCCCUGUGCCUGGCCCAUGUGCGUCCACUGUGAGCAUUGGGACGCGCUGUGGUGUUGUGCAUGGCCUGUGACGCUUUGCAUGGGAGCUGCUAAGGCACACGGUCCACACGUUGCUGGUCAUUUCGCUAUACAGCAGCCAUGAAGUUUGGCAAGGAGCGAUGGCCGAUGGGACUUUUGCAAUGGCGCGUUCACCGGGCCACCUGUGAUGCGGUCCUGCGUGCUCGGUUGCCAUGUGCCAUGCGCGCUGGGUAGCCGCCAGAAUAGUUCGCUGGAGGCCCAGCUGGAUUGCUGAUUUGGUGGAAUGUAGCCUGCUGGCCGCCGUCACCUUGUAAAUCCCUCCCUGC